UGACAUCUAUAAGAUCAACGAGGGGAUAGGUGACAAGGUGGGCAUGUUGAUCCAGUCCUUCACCACCUUCAUCGCUUCCUUCAUCAUCGGCUUCAGCAAAGGAUGGAAGCUCACCCUUGUCAUCCUGGCUGUCAGCCCUGUGCUGGGCUUCUCUGCUUUUAUAUUCAGCAAGGUACUGACGUCCUUCACAUCCCUGGAGCAGAGUGCUUAUGCUAAAGCUGGAGCCGUGGCUGAGGAGGUGAUCUCUUCUGUCAGAACAGUCUUCGCUUUCGGUGGACAACAGAAGGAGAUAACCAGGUGUGUUGUGCGCUUCCUGAGAGAGAUGAUUGGCGUUGUUCAGUCAGGAGCCCAUCCUGUUGCUACCAUCGCUGAGAACAUCCGCUACGGACGACCUGACGCUAACAUCAGAGAUAGAAAGGCUGCUAGGGAGGCCAACGCUUACGACUUCAUCAUGACACUACCUGAUAAGUUUGAGACUGCUGUUGGAGACAGAGGAAAACCCAGAUGAGUGGAGGAAGAAACAGAGAUCGCUAAUCCGCAAAGACGCGUGCUCAGUAUCGCAACCCCCAGAUCUCUUUGUUGGAAUGAGGCUACCUCAGCCCUCGACGACGGAGUGACCGACAUGCGUACAGCCUCCCCUCGCGUGAGACAGGGUCGUACUACGAUCGUGGUGGGCGCCCAUCGUCUGUCUACUAUCCGUAAUGCUGAUGUCAUCGCAGGCUUCCAGAAGGGAGAGAUCGUAGAGCUGGGAACACACAGCCAACUGAUGGAAAAAGAAGGAGUCUACCAUACACUGGUCACCAUGCAGACGUUUAAGAGUCCUGAGGAGGGCGAGGAGGCUGUGGAGGAGCAGGUUCUGGAGGAGAAGAGUCCGUCAAUGAUGCCGUUCUCAGAGACCACCCUCAUCCGGAGGAAAUCUACCAAGGGAUCGUCCUUCAUCGGCUCAGAGAAAGGAGACAAGGACAAGACUGAGGUGGAAGAAGAGGAUGAGGAGAUUCCUCCUGUGUCGUUUCUGAAGGUGUUGAAGCUGAACCUUCCUGAGUGGCCCUAUAUGGUGGUUGGUGUGAUCUGUGCCACUAUCAACGGGGGCAUGCAGCCUCUCUUCGCUGUCAUCUUCUCUAAAAUCAUCGCUGUGUUUGCAGAGCAAGACCAGGAACUAGUUAGACAACGCUCCUCGUUGUACUCUAUCAUGUUCGCCCUCAUUGGAGUCGUCUCCUUCAUAACCAUGUUCCUACAGGGAUUCUGUUUUGGGAAGGCCGGUGAGAUUCUGACCAUGAAGCUGAGACUGAUGGCCUUUAAAGCAAUGAUGAGACAGGAGUUGGGCUGGUAUGACAGUCACAAGCACAGUGUUGGAGCUCUCACCACUAGACUGGCUACAGACGCAGCACAAGUACAGGGGGCUCCAGGAGUGCGUUUGGCCACUCUGGCCCAGAACGUGGCUACUGGGACCAGUCUGAUCAUCUCGUUUGUGUGGUGGCAGCUGAUUCUUCUCAUCCUGUGUGUGGUACCUGUCAUGGCUGUAGCUGGAGGCAUACAGAUGAAGAUGCUCUCUGGUCACGCCGUCAAAGACAAGAAAGAGCUAGAACAGGCUGGCAAGGUACACAACCACUCACACACACAGUCUUAUUCAUCUCUUCACAUACGCCAACAUUUGCAACAAAGGGUGAUCUCUGCAGUGCUGUACGGAGCCAUGGCAGUAGGAGAGGCCAACUCCUUCACGCCUAACUACGCCAAAGCCAAGAUAUCAGCAUCUCACCUUAUGUUCCUCAUCAACAGAGAACCUGCCAUAGACAACUGCUCACAGGAAGGAGAAACACCGGACCACUUUGAUGGUAACGUGCGUUUCCAGGGGGUGAGGUUCAACUACCCGUCCCGUCCAGACCUUGCUGUCCUGCAGGGACUGGAGCUGAAGGUGCAGAAGGGCCAGACUCUAGCCCUGGUGGGCAGCAGUGGCUGUGGGAAGAGUACGACCAUACAAUUACUGGAGAGGUUCUACGACCCACUACAGGGCACAGUGAUGUUYGACAACAGUGAUGCUAAGAAGCUGAACAUCCAUUGGCUGAGGGCCCAGAUGGGCAUCGUAUCCCAGGAGCCCGUGCUGUUUGACUGUAGUCUGGCAGAGAACAUUGCCUACGGAGACAACACACGCAAAGUUACCAUGGAGGAGAUCCAGAGUGCUGCUAAAGCUGCCAACAUACACAGCUUCAUAGACGACCUGCCUCAGAAGUAUGACACCCAAGGUGACAAGGGGACCCAGUUGUCAGGAGGACAGAAGCAGCGUAUAGCCAUUGCCAGAGCCAUCCUCCGCAACCCCAAAGUCCUGCUGCUGGACGAGGCCACCUCCGCACUGGACACAGAGAGCGAGAGGGUGGUGCAGGAGGCCCUGGAUGUGGCUCGACAGGGCAGGACGUGUAUCGUGGUGGCCCACCGCCUUUCCACCAUCCAGAACGCUGACCUGAUCGCUGUCUUCCAGAAGGGAGUGGUGGUGGAGCAGGGCACUCAUCAACAACUACUGUCCCAGAGAGGAGUAUACUACUCACUGGUUACCACACAGCUGGGCCAUGGCAGAAACUGAGGGAGGAGAGGAGGAUGGGGGAGGGAGAGGCUGAGGGUGCAGGGGGUUGCUGGGAYGGGCUGAGUGUGCAGGGAGGGGUUGAGGGUGCAGGGGGAUAUUUUGUAUAUAAAAGGAAGAGGUGGUGGUGCUGUAUUUCAGUUAUUUAUUCAAAAAGUAUCACAUCUGUACCAUAGAGUGCCUGUGUGCCAAAUGAAUACAUGGAACACACACAUAUAUACACACGUCUGAGCAUUACUGUAAACUGCACGGAACUAAGCCAAUGAGACUCUGAAGCAGUGUGUAUCCUCAACAUUCAGAUUAUUACAUUGAUUUGUUCAAUUGUUUUGGGCUUAAAGUAAAACUCCACCCAAAAACUAUAUUUUGGUAUUUAUUUCAUUAGUCCAGGUUAUGUAACGUUCAAUAUAGAGAAAUCAUCCCCAUUUGGGGCAGCAGGUAGCCUAYUGGUUAGAGCAUUGGUCUAGCAACCGAAAAGUUGCUAGAUCGAAUCCCAGAGGUAAAAAUCUGUCGUUCUGCCCCUGAUCAAGGCAGUUAACCCACUGU